GUGAAAGAGAAAUCUAAUCGUCUAAUCAGCGCCGCGCCCAGGACAGACCAUUAUCCUUCCCCGGGUUCUCCCUUUCCUUCGAUCUUCUAGCACUGAACCCUUACGGCCCUGUCGCUCCAUAACAGAGUGCAUCGCGAUCCCUUCAUUCAACUGCAUCUUUCCUCAUCUUCCCUCCUAUCACGACUCUCUCCCUCCCUCUCGCUCGAUCUCUGCCUCCUGAACCAACCUCCCUCCUUUCCCCAGGCACAGCCGCACCGCAGACCCACAAUCGUUUAAGCCCUUCUCAAUCUGACACCGCGACAGGGCGACUUCCAUUAGUUCCGCGAUCUUUCAUUCGAAUCCCUAGACGCGAUCAUAAACACCUGCCGAGAUGGCCGAACUUACAAAGGCGAAGGAGGUGGUGAAGGAGAAACUCCUUGGCACAGACCUGACAGAACCUGUGCAGCUGUCGGCUCAAUCCAAAGCUACCUUUGAGAAGAACGCGCGAAAAGAUGCUGAGUCCGGCGAGCUAUUCAUGGGCGAGGAGGAGUUCAUUAAUGCUAUUGCGCCAGAGGGCGAAGAUUAUCACAAGAUCAAGCGCGAACAAUAUGCCAUUCUCUUCCGGGUGGCAGAUCGACGAGGCGCGGGCAAGUUAAACCUCUUUGACUGGGGCACCUUUGAGAAUCUGCUCGCAAAGCCAGACGCGGAGUACGAAAUCGCUUUCCGACUGUUUGAUGUCGAACGCAAAGGCACUGUCAAAUAUGACCACUUAAAGGCGCUGUACGAGAUGAACAAAGGACCAGAUAGCAUACCUUUUGAUUGGAAUUGUGAAUGGGCCACCUUGUACAGUGGAGGCAAGAAGCGACGACACGAUCUCACAUACCCCCAGUUCUCACAGAUGCUGAGAGGACUGCAAGGGGAGAGGAUACGACAAGCUUUCCACUUCUUUGACAAGGACGGUGAUGGAUAUAUCGAGCCUGAAGAAUUCCAGCGCAUCAUUCUCGAGACUUCCAAACACAAACUCUCUGACCACCUGUUGGAGAACCUUCACACCCUCUGCAACAUCUCAGCGGGCAGCAAGAUCUCUUAUGCCAAUGUGCGCGCCUUCCAGAACAUGAUCAAGGAGAUGGAUCUGGUAGAGAUGAUCCUUCGCCAGGCGACCGCUCAAAGUGCAGAUGGGAAGAUCACUCGCACAGAUUUCCUCAACGAAGCCGCUCGAGUUACUCGAUUCUCGCUCUUUACUCCUAUGGAGGCAGACAUCCUAUUCCACUUUGCUUCGCUCGACGAACCGUCAGGCCGUCUCGGUCUCUCGGAUUUUGCGAAAGUGCUCGACUCCUCCUGGCGAAACCGAAAGCUCCACGCAUUGACCUCCCUUCCAGGCCUGCCAAAAGACAAGACCGCAACCCAAAACUUCUUCUUCUCAGUCCUCGAAUCUGUACACCACUUUGCCCUUGGCUCGCUGGCUGGCGCCUUUGGCGCAUUCAUGGUCUACCCCAUCGAUCUCGUCAAGACCCGUAUGCAGAACCAGCGUUCCUCGCGAGUAGGCGAAAUGCUGUACAAGAAUUCUUGGGACUGUGCUAAGAAAGUUGUCCGUCAUGAAGGAUUCAGAGGUCUAUAUUCGGGUGUUCUGCCGCAACUUGUCGGUGUUGCUCCAGAGAAGGCUAUCAAAUUAACGGUCAAUGAUCUUAUUAGAGGACACUUCUCAUCUAAGGAUGGAAAGAUCUCGAUCCCGCACGAAAUUCUGGCUGGUGGUUCGGCGGGUGCUUGUCAAGUCAUCUUCACCAACCCCCUCGAAAUUGUCAAAAUCCGACUCCAAGUCCAAGGUGAAGUCGCCAGAACUGUUACCGACGCUCCCCGACGCUCCGCAAUGUGGAUAGUCCGCAACCUUGGUCUCGUUGGUCUCUACAAGGGCGCCUCUGCGUGUCUCCUCCGUGACGUGCCCUUUUCCGCCAUCUACUUCCCCACAUAUAACCACUUAAAACGCGACUACUUCGGCGAGAGCCAGACGAAGCAGCUUGGCAUCCUCCAGUUGUUGACGGCGGGUGCGAUAGCUGGUAUGCCGGCGGCUUACUUGACGACACCUUGUGAUGUUAUCAAGACACGUUUACAGGUCGAGGCUAGAAAGGGCGAAUCUUCAUACACCUCCUUGAGGCAUUGCGCAAAGACCGUCUGGAAAGAAGAGGGCUUCCGCGCCUUCUUCAAAGGCGGCCCGGCCCGUAUCCUCCGUAGCUCCCCACAAUUCGGUUUCACAUUAGCGGCGUAUGAGGUACUUCAAAGCCUCCUACCCAUGCCGGGCGCGGGAAAGAAAGAGCAUGCUGGUGUAUCAGAGGCUAAGGCAGGACUGCCAGGCCAGGAGGGCCCGUUGAGCUACCUGAGGAGCCGGAAUGCGUUGAAGAUUAUUCUGGAUCUGGACGAGGAGUUUGGACGAUUCAAGGGCCCUGGCCAGAGCGGCUGGAAGAAUAUCCCCAAGAUUCUCGGUGGUGAGAAGUAA